AUGGACCCUUCUGGAUUCGACUUUGCCAGUGGUGACCUCUGGGCACAGCUAUCGCCACAACAGCAACAGCAGCGCCAAAAUACGCAGCACCGUCGAUCUCAACAAGGUUUUGAUUAUUCUUCGGACUUUUCUCAGGAGGCCAAUUUCCUCUACAAUGCAGGCCAGCAACCCGGUCUGAACCCGUACCCUCUUGUCUCACAAGGCAUCGACUUGAAUGGGGAUCAUAUGAUGGAUCCUCGAUUCCAGCAACAGUGGAUGGAAGGAUCUGGUGGCGCACUCGGCAUGGUUCCUGGGCCAGGAUACUCGCAUUCGCAUUCACAUGGGAUGAUGGAUGCACAGAUUCCAUCACAUACAAUGGCAUCUUCUCAAUGGGGCGAAGGAUACGUUCAAUAUUCGAAUAACCCGACACACGGCACGCCGUAUACUACCCAGAGCCACAGCCAUCACCACAGCCAACAGCGGCAACACAUUCCCCAUUAUUCUGGGGAUAUCGGCACAUUCCCGCUCGUUGUGCCGUCAUCUUCGAGUACGGACAACAUGGACCAAGAGUGGCCACGCGACAGCCAGAGCCCUAGCCCUACGCUCUUGAGCUCGUCGCUCAAGAACGCCUUGCGCAACUCGUCUUCAUCCGGCUCGAGCACAAACACGUUUGAUGGUGUGCUCGGCGGUGGGGCAGAGUUUUCUUCCAUUGCCGCUCGACGAGCCCACGUUCUCGAGUGGAUGUCAAGGACGGCCCUUACACCACAACAAAGCGCGAUUGCGCACGUUAUCUUGACGUCCAAGUGGUGGGAGCUCGAAGAGCCAGAGCCAGAGGUCCGACACAACGAUGACCUCGUCAAACGCGGCUUGCUCACGCACAUUGGCGGGAGCCGUUUCCGCGCCUUUUUGGACGAGGAGAAUGGAUACAGGUGCACAUUUGACCACGAUGGCGCACCUUGUACGCACGGCAAGGGACGUACAGAGCGAGCGCUGGGGACGAUUAGGGGCUUUUUCCGGUACAAGCCUGUCGUGUGCACGGGCGGUUGUGGAACACGAUGCAACCAGCGGUUUGUGUCGGUCGAACAGUGCCAGAAGCACGUACAGAAGAAGCGGUCAGGGAGGGCGACGUGUCCUGACUGUGGAUCCUCCAUCUUGCCUGCAAACAUGAGUCGACACCGACGAGCAUGUCACGUCCAAGAGGGGACAUCUACGCGUCCACAAUGA